CUUUCCGCUAAAAUUAGCGAGCCCACAGCUGAGCUCCUCUUAUACUCUAUCCAUGGCGACGCUCUCCUGCUCUUUACAUCGUUUUGGUUCGCUUUCUUCUUGUUCUUCGAACUUAAUUUAUAAUUCUCCACCCUCAACUGCUCCAAUUCAGUUCUUUCUCAGCUCUGUUAACUCUCAGCCUCUUUCUCAACUGAGCGGAAAACCACAUACAUUGAUUUCGAAACUCUUCGUUUUGAAGUCCAAAUUCAUACUACCAUCAAAGCUCCUCUUCCAUCCCAUUUUAUUGUUAAAUGGCUACGAAAGGCCUGUAGACACUCAGACUUUUCUUACCACUGUUAGUGUCUUCGCUGCCAUUGCUCUGUCUCUGUUUCUAGGAUUGAAGGGAGACCCUGUUUCUUGCAAUAAGUGCGCUGGUAAUGGUGGCACCAAAUGUGUUUUCUGCGACAAUGGCAAGAUGAAACAAGAAACGGGCUUGGUCGAUUGCAGGGUAUGCAAGGGAGCGGGAUUGAUACUUUGUAAGAAGUGCGGGGGUUCUGGAUAUUCAAGACGCUUAUGAGCCAUGCCUAUGUUUGUGUAUCUUUUUGUUCAUCCUUCGUACCAUGAGACCUGCUGUUCAACCUUCUUUCUGUUGAUAUAGUUUACAUUUCUCUCUGGGAAAUGUCUGAUUAAAAUUGAAACGUGAGACUGUAGAAAAGAAAUUUGUAAUGUGAUCCUGAGAUUACCUUGUCUG